UCUCUCCCCAAGGCUCUUCCAGCUCCAAACGAAGACCGGAUUAAACAUCUCUUGGGACAAAUUGCUUGCACCUCCCAGGAGAAUGAGCUGGCCUGCUUCUACCCACGCCUGGCCUCCAAAUCAGAGACAGGGAAGAUCGGCUUAAUUAACUUGGGAAACACUUGCUACAUGAACAGUGUCAUCCAGUCUCUUUUCAUGGCUUCGGACUUUCGGCAUUCGGUGUUGAAUUUAACUGAGGCCAUCUCCCAGCCCCUGAUGACAAAACUCCAGCGGCUCUUUGCAUCUUUGGAGCACAGUCAGCGACCUGCCAUCUCACCCAAGAGGUUCCUCUCUGCCUCCCAGGCACCCUGGUUCACCCCUGGUGCUCAGCAGGACUGCUCGGAGUAUCUCAAGUACCUCCUGGAUCGAUUGCAUGAAGAAGAAAGAACUGGAAAGAGGAUCUACCACCAGAAGCUCAAGGAAUCCGGCUUGACGUCCCAAGCCACGGAGCAUCAUUCCUUAAACAAGACGUUGAUCGAGAGGAUGUUUGGGGGGAAAAUGACGACAAAGAUUCGUUGCUUGAAGUGUUGGAACAUCUCCUGUAGAGAAGAAGCCUUCACAGACCUGUCGUUGGCCUUUCCCCCUCCGGAUAGGCCCAUACGUGGACCAGGAAGCACCUCUGUUUUGCCCGUGGCAGAAGUCAGCCCACAGUUUAUUGAGCCUCACAAAUACCCAAGCCAGCCAACAGGGUCUAAGGACUCCCGAUCCGUCUCGGAUUUACUCAACUAUUUUCUGUCUCCAGAGAGGCUGACAGCAGAGAAUCAAUACCACUGCGAGCAGUGUGCUUCCUUGCAGGAUGCUGAGAAGGUGGCAGAGCUGACAGAGGGCCCGCACUACCUCAUCCUCACACUGCUGCGGUUCUCCUUCAACCCGCAGACCAUGAAGAGGACUAAGAUCCUGGAGAAUAUCUCCAUCCCUGCAGUGCUCGAGCUGCCCAUCCUUGUCAGCUCAGAGGAAACUGAGGGCGUUUGCCGGCAUGGGGAGGACAGGGCUGGCCGGGGCAGCACCUUUGUGCCCGCCGUGUACGAUCUCUGCAGCGUGGUGGUGCAUUCGGGCAUCUCCUCCGAGAGCGGCCACUACUACUGCUACUCCAGAGAGUGCACCGACACCGUGCCCCACGCACCGCCCCGUGACGGGACACCGGCUUCUGGCAAGCAGUUGGACUUUGAAAUCCCGUGGUACCUCUUCAAUGAUCACAGGGUUUCCUUCUCCUCCUUUGAAUCAGUCAGCAAUGUGACUUCUUUCUUCCCCAAGGACACUGCCUACGUGCUCUUCUACAGGCAGCGGGAGGGCAGGCCAAGCUCUCCACUGCAUGAGGCUGUGGCAGAAGCCAGCCACCUGCACAGCAGACUGUCCCUCAAUAAGGACUUGAUGGAAACCAUCUCCAAAGACAACAUCCUCUACUUGCAG